CUGAGGGAAGCCCCGCAGCUUGCCAAAGGAAGGCCACCCAUUGCGAUGAGCGGCCAGGGGAUCUAUUUUUGCUAGUUGCAAGAGGCCAACUUCUGAGCAGCGCAGGCUGCACACAGAGGACUGCCUGCCGGCUCCACAGUCCUGGAUGAUCCUGUUUCCUGGUGUGACCGACACCCGUCAGCAACACUACAGCUGCAAGUCACCCUGCACAGCCGCCCAUCACACCCAUCCAAGGCCAGUGUGCAGCUGAAUACACAGCCUGACCCCUCCUAUUGCUAUUCAACCAUUCACACCCCGACAGCAAUUUGUACUAUCCCUGUUCACAUUCAUCUUGUGCCGCACUUUACCUGUGCCUGCUGACAGCUGAUGAGGCAUAGGCAGUUACCUUCUGCAGGAAGAUUUCUUGCUCUACUUCGGCUUCAAGGAGUUUCUCCUAAUUUACCUGGACUUCUAGGAGCUUCUCCUACACUACCUGGACUUCUAGGAGCUUCUCCUACACUACCUGGACUUCUAGGAGCUUCUCCUACACUACCUGGACUUCUAGGAGCUUCUCCUACACUACCUGGACUUCUAGGAGCUUCUCCUACACUACCUGGACUUCUAGGACCUUUUCCUACACUACCUAUGCUUCAAGGAGUUUCUUCGACACCACCUGAGCUUCAAGGAGCUUCUUCUAAACUACCUGAGCUUCAAGGAGCUUCUUCUAAACUACCUGGGCUUCAGUGAGCUUCUUCUAAACUACCUGGGCUUCAGUGAGCUUCUUCUAAACUACCUGGGCUUCAGUGAGCUUCUUCUAAACUACCUGGGCUUCAGUGAGCUUCUUCUAAACUACCUGGGCUUCAGUGAGCUUCUUCUAAACUACCUGGGCUUCAGUGAGCUUCUUCUAAACUACCUGGGCUUCAGUGAGCUUCUUCUAAACUACCUGGGCUUCAGUGAGCUUCUUCUAAACUACCUGGGCUUCAGUGAGCUUCUACUAAACUACCUGGGCUUCUUCUAAACCACAUGGGCUUCAAGGUGCUUCCCCUCACUACCUGACCUACAAAGGAAGUCUCAAUUACCUGUUCUGCAAGGAACAUAGGAGGCACCCCCUUUACCUGGGCUACAGCUUCCCAAUAGUGCUACUAAGAGUCCUGGGUCCUACUUUCGUGCAGUGUCAUGGCUACUGGAGAGGUUCGGUACUGCUCCAGGUUCCCGUACCUGUGCCUGAAAUUUACCCUCAUUGUAUACUGUACUAUAUUCUGGCUGUUCGGCGCUCUUGUCCUGGCAGUUGGGAUCUACGCUGAAGUCGAGAGGCAGAAAUACAAGACUUUACAUGGCGCCUUCCUAGCUCCUGCCAUCAUCCUCAUCCUCCUGGGAGUGCUCAUGUUUGUUGUGUCCUUCAUUGGAGUAUUGGCCUCGCUCCGGGAUAACUUGUGCCUGCUCAAAGUGUUCAUGUAUACCCUGGGGGUCUGCCUAAUUCUGGAGUUGACUGGAGGGAUCGUUGCCUUGCUCUUUAAAAAUCAGACCAUGGAUCUCCUGAAUAAAAACAUUCGGAAGGGAAUACGGAAUUACUACGAUGAUCUUGACUUCAAAAAUAUAAUGGACUUUGUGCAAACACAGUUCAAGUGCUGUGGUGGAGCAGAGUAUAUGGACUGGGAGCAGAAUGAGUAUCACUCUUGCACGGCCCCCGGGCCUUUUGCAUGCGGAGUUCCCUAUACUUGCUGUAUCACCAACAAGACAGCAGUGCUGAAUACAAUGUGCGGAUUCAAGACCAUGACGCUGAUCAGACAGGCCGCUCAGCAGUUUAUCUACGUCCGAGGCUGCACCAAUGCCGUCAUCAUCUGGUUCCUGGAUAAUUAUACCAUCAUGGCUGGAGCAUUAUUUGGUAUUCUAUUCCCACAGUUCCUUGGAGUCCUCCUCUCUCUCCUUUAUGUGACCCGAGUAGAAGACAUGAUUAGUGAGUGGAAUGCCUCUGCUGAUGUUCUCCUGGAGGGUGAGUCCACCAAACACGAGAUCGAGUUCUCCUCCGUGGGCUGCUGCCGAUGCUAUCCAGGGGAGGAAUCGACAGCCUGAGCGCCUUCUCCUAGCAGCAAUUCUUCUGCUAACAAACACUAAAUAUUAACCCCAGAGCUGACCUGGAACAUUGGAGAACACGUCCAGUCCUAGAGGUAAUGGACUGGUGGACUCUUCUGAUAAACUACAUUUUCCACUUUAGUUUGACCAACAACUUUUAAGAUGUAUCGUGCCUGGUGUGUUCUGAAUAGGACAUCACUGUAUUGGUUCUCAGAGACUCUUUAAGCUAAAUUGCCAUCUUUCUUGAAGUGCACUCGAAGGAGGAUUCACCUCAUAUACAGGAGCAAAUGGAAACGCUGCCAUGAAUAUACGGCACACUGUGGUAAAAGACCUAAAAUCCUGUGGCCAUAGCCAAAUGUUUCACAGCAUCAAGUUUCAAGAUUAUCUGUAUAUUUUUUAUUUUUUUACUUUGGGUGCAAAAAAGGAAAACGUCAUACCUCAGGAUCCUAUCAAACUGGAAACUUAAAGGGGUUGUCAAAUUUUUGCAGCCUCUUUUAGUAUAUAAACCCACAAAAAAAAUAAGAAGAUUGAUGGUGGUCCCAGUGCUGGGAUUCCUAGAAAAUCAGCUGUAAUCUGCUAAGGAAGCAAGUGUUAAUUUACCCAACAGCACACCCACAGGUGAAAUUAAGCAUUACACUGUGCACAAUGAAAUGAACAGGCUGCAGGUAGGGACCAGGUCCUCCACUGAGAGACAUUCUUUGCACCCGCCAAUUGCUGUGGGUCCUGAUCUAGUGAUGCCCCUCAGAAUACCCUAAUGGGGUGUCAGCACAUUAGUUUCCUAAAUCAAUCCACCAAUUUAAAGGGGUACUCUGCAGCUCAUGGG